AUGACUGAAGUCGGAGAGAAAGGCUACAUCGAGUCGGCCAUCGACAAGACCAAGGAGCUCGCCUCAGAAGCCGCCGAGAAAAUUGCCGACGCCUACCACAGCGUCGUCGGCGAACCAAACGUUGAGGAUAAGGCUCGCGAUAACUUGAAAGAAGGCGUCGACAAGGCCGCAGACAAGGUUAUUCAAACUGCUGGAAAUCGAAAACCAUGAAUAAGUUGUAGACAAAAGAACUUCGCCACGAUGCACACGAAGCCAAGGAAGACGCCAAGGCGGACGCCGAAGGAGCGAAGAAAGACGCCGAGAAGAAGUGGGAGCAGAUGAAGACGGACGCAAGUGAGACUUGGAAGGACGUCAAGGACAAAACUUCUGAUAAGUGGGAAGACAUCAAGGAGAAGGCUGAAGACAAGAAGAACGACGUCAAGGAGUCCUACCAGGACGCCAAGGACAAGACGGCAGAGAAGGUGCUGAGUUGCUUCGAGAUAUUCUUUUUUCACGUCGUCUUUAUUUCAGUCUGAGAAAGCUCGAGAAAAAGCCGGUGAUGCGAUUCGCAGUGCUGCUCGGAAGGUCGAGGGCUCUGAUUAG